AUGCCCUCCUCCCCCAGCAAGCGCAUCAUCCUCGAAAAGUCCCGCACCGUGCGCCGCCGGUACCAGCGCAGCAACAAACGCUUUCAAUUCACGGCAUCGCAGAUUGCGCGCAUCGAGCGCGAACAAGAGCGCGAGAAACGCGCCCAGCAGCUGCGCGACAAGGAGAAGAAACGAGUCGCGAAUAAGAAGAAGAAAGCGGAGAAAGAGGCGCGCGAUAGAGAGGAACGCAGGAGAUUAGGGCGCAUGGGGUUGCCGGAUCCGAAUGCGCCCGUGCCGCCGUCGAGUCAGCCUUUGUUGUUUAAUUUCAUUAAGAGGAAGGAUGGGGAGGAGGGGGAGAGUAGCAAUGGUGGUGGGGAUACAGAGGUAGAUGAGGGUGGGGAUACGGAGGUGGAUGAGGAUCUUUUGGAGGAUUUGGAGGCCGUUGUUGAUGCUGCUGAAGCUGAGGCUGAUGGCUUGGAUUUGGAUUUGGGUUUGGAUACUGGGGAUGAAGGGGAGGGGGAGGGCGGGGAUCAUGGGGAUGAGGCUACGGGUUGCGAUCAGGGUGAUAAUGAGGGUGAACAGCAGGUCCGGGCUAAAGAGGAGGAUGAGUUCUCUGACUGUUCUAUCUUUUAUGAUGAGGAUAUCAUUAAAGAGGCGGGAAAUACUACUGCGCCGGAUCAAGCUGCGUUGCACGAUAAGCCGGAGGCUCAGCCGGAGAACCAACCCCACCCCUCAACUGCCGACUCCUUCCAAGACGACACGGCACUCCUCCUCGAAGAAUACGGGCAUGAAUUCGAAAUAGACGAAGAAUUCGAGCAAGCACUGGUUGCGCUGGAUGCCGUGUGA